UGAACAUUUACUUGGUGGGGCUUAAUAUAGAGGUGGGGAGAUCCAUAUGGUAUGAGCAAAUUGAUAAGCAAACACGGUGUGCAAGCCAAUUUCGAAGGUCUGUUGGUUGGAAAUUGUCUAGACGAGGUGUGGAAAGCAUCCAAUACAUCAAUAGUACUCACGGGUGGGGGAUAUUUUUAGUUUCUAUGGGGUCACUGGAUUUGUUGCUUGCCUGGAUAACAGAAACACACGGCGUAGACUCGUCUCGAGAUGUUCAUGUGCUGUCUUCCAUAAUUUCCGUCUUAAUCCCGGUCCCAAACUCCGGGACUUGAGCGAUAAAAAGCCUCACAGAUCUGAGAGCAUAGUUUCCUGGGCGGGGGAUAUCACCCGUUUUGACAUCUAGGAUAGCAUGGAUGGGACUUGUGGUUGGGCUGACAGACAGCUGACGUGAGAGCUAACCUGCCAAUCUGUGUUGAUGCUUACGGAUCACGACCCCGAAUAAUCCGUAUAUAUCCCACGACAUCCCCCAGCCUAUCCAUACCACUUGGCAACUAUCCUCAGUCCCACUCACCAUGACCGCAUCCAAGACCGGGUCCUGCCUCUGCGGCGCUGUCAAAUACACCAUCACCGGUGUACCGGAGCACUUCUACCUCUGUCACUGCAUCAGCUGCCAAAAGGCAACGGGUUCGGUCUUCGGGGCAAACUGCUGGUACAAGAAGUCGGUAAGACAAAUCACCCAAGGUAACCACUCAAUCACGACGUACCAGGACAAAAGCCCGGAAUCGGGCAAUCCCCUGCAACGCUCGUUCUGCACCACGUGCGGCUCCAACCUAUUCAUAAGCAACGAUACUAUGGACAAGCUGGGGGCUGUGUCCGUGACGAGCGGGACAAUCGACGAUCAGUCGGGUCUGCGCCCGACGUUGGAAGUCUGGGGGCGAGGACGAAGGGAGUGGUUGAAUCCUGUUGAGGGUGUUGAUGGGAAGGAUACGCAGUGAUCUUGGUUGGAAUUAGCUUUGGCCUGUGUUGCUGUGUCGACUUUUGUAAGGGUCAAUAAUUAGUGGGAAUAGGGUUAGUCACUGCGAAUAUGGUUCAAAACGCUUAUGGAGAUUGGCGGCGUCUAAACAGUGUCGGGAUCCUCAAUUUCGAGUUGUUUUAUUGGUCUCUCUAGAUGUGGGUGUAGCAGAGAUGGCAGAUUAAUAUGUCUCCUUCAACUUCAAGUGGGUUCCAUCGGUGGAUUGGCAGCUGCUUGCGACCAGUUGUUGUGCUUGUCUCUUCUUCUCUAUAGCCUGGAUGCUGGGACAGAAAUUCACUUCUGUCAGUGCCU